UUUAGACAGACUCAGUCAGUUACACACUCUGAGAGGAACCUCCUGCCUCUUUACACAGACACUUCCCACAGGACAGGAAACACUCCGGAUUACCUGCCCUUUUACAACUAUUCUUUGUUUUAAUUUUUACAAUCAUCAUCGUCAGCAGCACCACCACCUCCGCCACAACCUUCUUGUCCACCAUGGCCAGCUCCAAGUCGUCUCAGACCACCCGCAACAUUGUGAUCGCCUGCCUGGCCCUGUGGUCGGUCAUCUCCCUCAUCAUCAUUGUGGUGUGGGCCACCUCUCCGGACAUGAAGAGUGCCAGCCAGUGCCGAGCUGAGCUGCAGACCCUGACAGAGAAGCACGAGGGGGCCAGGGUGGUGUACGCCAAGAACAAGGCAGCCCUGGAGGAGAUGGUGGAGGAGGGCCGCGCCAACCAGACCCGGCAGCUCAGGGAGACAGAGAGGCUCCUGGAGCGCCUGGGCCAGACCAACGUGUCUCUGGAUGACUGUCGGCAGGAAAAUGUUAUUUUGGGUGGAAACAUUACAGUCCUGGAAAAAGAAAUCGGGAUGCAUAAAGAAAUCGAGGCAAACCUCACUUCAGAAAUCAUGCUAAACCAAGAGCACAUCGAAUUCCUUCAGGAGAACUUGACACAGGCCUCUCACAAGUGGGAGUCCUGUGUGGCUUUGCACUCAGCUGCUGAGAGCAGGCGGAUAGCAGCCGAAAGCCAGACCAAGGCCUGCGAGUCCAGCAAGCUGUAUUUACAGAAGCAGCUGCAGAGGUGCAAAAAGGAGGACCACCAUUCCUUCGAGUUUUUGGAUGACGGAGUUGCCGCACCCCAGACUAGCAUUCUUGCCUUGGCCGUGGUCCUCUGCGUCAGUCUGCAUUUGAUAACAUGAACAUAAUGCAUAGCCAGUGGGGUCAUCGAAGACGAUUCAAGGGGAACACUGUUCUCCAAGACAAUAAGAGGGACCUGGACUUGAUAGUAUAUGGAUAUCACUGCUGUACAUCUUUUACUGUUAGGAAACUAAUUGGGGAAACAGUUAAUGAUUAUAUUUUCUUUAGUUUCUUUUUUUAUUAUUUUUCAAUUAUAUUUUAAGAAUUGUUAAACAAAAAUUGUAAGACUUAGUCAUGGACAAAAAGUGUUAUAAUUAUUUGUUGCUUUUGAAUGAAUUUCAGCUGCAUUUAUUGCUCUCUUUUCACAUUACAUUUAUAUACGUUGGCUUCUUUUAUUGUUGAACCUUACCCUUACUUAGGCUAUAAUUUUAUUGAAUACUUAGGAUUUUAAUGUCCAUGUUUUGGGAUAUUUCAAGACAGCACAAUUUCGUUUAGGUUAAAGGUCUCUGUAUUUAUUUGUGUGUAAAUGUUUGAAUGUACUUUAUAAGUACUGUCUGAUCGUCUCUUGUUUUGUCCUGUUUUGACUUCUCCCUAUAAAAUUAUUCUUAUCCGACAAUU